UUGAUCUUCGCUUUGCUUUGUGUCGGAGUGUUAUUUGUUUAUCCUGGGGAUAGGAUGGCACCGGUUGUGGCACCUAAAGCUCCUUACUACGGUCGUCACAGCCUGCCGAAAGCGACCAAGUCGCCGAGGUUUGAGCCACCCGACGAGAUCAUUCACUACAGCUCCGCGCCUCGGGUCUCCAGCGGUUACCUCGGCAGCACCACCGACAGCAGCCUCAAUUCAAGUCCUGACUCAAAACAUCUGGGCCGACAUUACCAAAGCUUAUACAAACAUAAAGUCAUCCCAGAUAUCAAACCCAGGAACGCUGCGUUAGCUCUCAACGCGGACAGCAAGUCGAUAUCAGGUCACAGAAAUCCCGAGAUUCACAUCGCUUUCGGCAAACGUUCAGAGCCCCCGGAGCGGGAAGAAGACGAAUACAACCGCCGUUUGAAAUUUGUUAAUAAGAAAACGAAUUUCAAGCAAAAGCAAGCGACUAUGCCUCCUAACCCUCGUAGCCAGUCGCAAGCAGGCAGUGAUGACAUCAUUGCUGGUCACAAGAUUUCACUUAACGUGCCCUACAAUAAGGAAAAGUCCGUCAAAGAGAGUAGCGAUGAAUAUAACGACCAGAGGCGACGCAUUAUGGCAGGAAACUUCAGUCCAGACGCAGGUCAAUAUACUGAUUUCACUCCAGUGAUGAUCGACGAGCAACCAGCGCUGCGCGAGUUUGAUGACGCUAUAGCCUCCGCUCAACGCAGCUCCCCGGCUACCGAAGAAUUCUUCGAUAAUGCUACCUACGCUGGCAACUUCAGAACGACACACACUGAUUUAGAUUGCAAUGUUCAAGACGGACCAGUCGACAUCGAAGGUAAUGGACGUGAUAUGACCAUCAACGCAACUGAAGACCGGCCCCUGACUGCAGCGAACUCGAUGGAAAACUUCGUGGACGCCGCGGAGGAUCUCGGCGACCCUGCUGCCAUGGGCCAGGCAAGCGCUCCGGAGGAAGCCAUUGCUGAAGCCCCACUUUCGACAGCUAAAGUUGUGUCUGAAUCUGAGGCUCCCGAAGCUUUGCUGGUUUCAUCAGCGUCUAGGUCGGCGUCACCACUGGGUGAAAUUCGUUCUGAAUCUCCAUUGCAGCUCGAGUCCAACUCUCCACACUCGAGCUCUACCGCCAGUGUGGACGGCGAAACUUACGACAAAACUGAGUUUUCCUAUACCCACUUCUCUUCAACCGCUGAAACGGAGAACUUGGCAGUUAACGCAGCCGACAGCAUGGUGGCCCAGCAAGAAUAUCUAGACGGCCCAGACCAAGUGGUCCCGGCAACUUCACACAAAACGUGGCUCCCGAAUGGCGCCGUGAAACUGCAAAUUGCCGAGGAAGGCCUGGCUUCCCACAAGCCUUUGUCGGUGCCGUCUCUCCUCCGGAAAACUGCCGAGAAGUACCCUAACCAAAAUGCUCUGGUGGAGAAGCGCAACGGUGAGUGGGUCGGCAUGACCUAUGCCAACUAUUACAAGCAGGUGCGUAACGCGGCCAGGGGCUUCAUCAAGCUUGGCCUGGAUGCCUACCACGGCGUCUGCAUCCUCGGCUUCAACUCCAGCGAGUGGUUCAUCUCAGACCUGGGGGCCAUCUUUGCUGGUGGUUUCGCAGCUGGCAUCUACACAACGAACUCUCCUGAAGCCUGCCAGCACUGCGCACUCAAUUGCGAAGCUCAGAUUUUCGUCGUAGAGGACAAGAAGCAGCUUGAAAAAGUUCUUAAAAUUAGAGAUAAUCUUCCUGCAUUGAAAGCCAUCAUUCAAUACAAAGGCACACCUUCCACACCGGGAGUCUUGAGCUGGGAUCAGUUCAUGGAAAUAGGAAAACAAGAAAGCGACGACGCUCUUGAGGAACGUCUGCGUAGAAUCUGCGUGAACCAAUGUUGCACACUCAUCUACACUUCUGGUACAACAGGGCCUCCUAAGGGCGUGAUGCUCAGUCACGACAAUAUAGUGUUCACGGCCCUCUCCAUGAGCGUCAUGCUCAAAAUGACGCCUGGAUCAGAGAUAGUAGUAAGCUACCUGCCUCUGUCUCACGUUGCUGCCCAGCUCGCCGACAUAUACAUGACCAUGAUCAAUGCGGGCACCGCAUACUUCGCUCAACCUGAUGCCCUCAAGGGUUCUCUCGUCAAUACCCUGAAGGAAGUGCGACCAACUGCUUUUCUCGGAGUGCCAAGAGUCUGGGAAAAGAUCUACGAACGGAUGAUGGACGUUGGUCGCAAAACCAAAGGCCUCAAGAGAAGUAUUGCUACGUGGGCGAAAGCACUCGGAUUGGAAGCUAAUGAACGUAAACAAAAUGCGGAUUUCUCCAAGCCCCUUGGCUUCUCGGUUGCAAACGCCGUUGUCUUCAAGAAAAUAAAGCAAGUUCUAGGUUUAGAUCGUUGCAACAUUUUCCUAUCUGGCGCCGCUCCAAUUGCACCAGAUAUUGUUCGGUAUUUCCAUUCAUUAAACAUCUGCCUUGUUGAGAUAUACGGUAUGUCAGAAUCUAGUGGACCUCACACAUCAGGCAUAGAGACUGCCUUCAAAGUCGGCAGUGCUGGACGCACUAUGCCAGGCAGCAUGACUAAAAUCCAAACUCCCGACGCUGAAGGUAACGGGGAGGUGUGCAUGGCUGGAAGAAAUGUUGCUAUGGGUUACUUGCUUAAAGAAGAAGCCACUAAUGAGACCUUCGAUGACGACGGUUGGCUCCACUCCGGUGACAUCGGCAAAAUUGACAACAAAGGAUUCUUGUUCAUCACGGGCAGACUGAAGGAGCUCAUUAUCACUGCUGGUGGAGAGAACAUCCCUCCUGUGCUCAUAGAAGAUCUCCUCAAGGCGGAGCUGCCUUGCAUCAGCAAUGCUAUGCUUAUAGGCGACAAGAGGAAGUUCCUCUCCAUCCUUCUCACACUCAAGACCGACAUGAACCUGGACACUGGCGAAGCUUUGGACACGUUGAGCCCUGCGUGCGUGGAAUGGUGCCAGGGCAUUGGCUCGAACGCUCGCACAAUCUAUGAUGUUUUGUCUGGUCCAGACGCUAAAAUAAUGAGAGCAAUUCAAGACGGGAUCGACCGAACAAACAAAAAUGCUGCAUCUAACGCACAAAAAAUUCAGAAAUGGACAAUUUUGCCACGAGAUUUCACAGUAGUUGGCGAUGAAUUGGGCCCGACAAUGAAGCUCAAGAGGCCGGUCGUCGCCAAGAAAUACUCAGAAACUAUUGAAAGGUUUUACGAAUAGCUGCUGAUUAGUAACCUUGGCUUUUAGAUGUUCGUGUUUGUUUUGUUGAACAGAAAUCUAGUGAUUUUGCGAGUUACGUGCACAAGUUAUAUUUUUUGAUGUAUAAACCCGGAUUUAUGAGAUUCUGAGGCUUCUAUUUUCUUUCAUAGAAUAUGCCGGUUAGAACACUCAUUAAAACGAGUAAAGUUAAAUUAUUAAAGUUGUGUCUUUCAUUGAUAAAACUUGUAAAGUAAAUCAUAAUUCAGGUCUAUCUGGAAAAAGGGGAGGGAACUAAAAUCAUGUACUCCUAGAGACAAAUUUACACUAAUCGAACCUAGAAAAUUAAGUUAGUUAUAUGUACAUAUUAUCUUGCUAUAAUUCGGAAUUAUUAUACCGAAGAUUACAGCUGUACAAACUCGGAACAUCUAACCGUUAUCCUUCGUCAAUCAGUCCACGGGUAGGUGUUCGCCAAUUCUACCAGAUUCAGUUAGUAAAAGAACGUAUUGACAAGUCGCGUAAGUGCAGCCCUCUGCACGACGUGCUUUGUAGAUCUUCAUUCAUUAGUCAUUCCAGAUUAUAUCUGUUGACUUGGGGCAUCAUGUUGAUGAGUAAAUUCAUUUCUCCCAUUUUGCCAUAGUUGUAAUAUUUAUUAGUCAGUUACCAGAUAUAAGUUAGUAUUACCAGAUCAUACGCUGCAUUUCUAACUAUAACCGAGAGAAACUGAGUUUUCCAGGGUCUCUUGAAAGUACUGUCUAAUCUUCAAUAAAUAAUUAUUCGAGAA